AUGAACAUCAGAGAUCUGUUCUGCUACACGUGCCCAGCUGGUCCAGCCGGCCCACAAGGUAUUCCCGGCCCCAAGGGACCUAUGGGAGCACCAGGCGCAACCGGCGCAGAUGGUAUCUCACAGAAAGCCGGACCACCAGGACCAGUCGGCCCACAAGGACCACCCGGAGCAGCCGGAGCAGCCGGCGCCAAAGGACCAGCCGGCCCAGACGGUCAACUCAUCCCAGGCGGUGGCGUGCCCGGCCCAGCCGGCCCAACCGGUGCCCAGGGACCAAAAGGUGCCGAUGGAGCACCAGGCGCUGACGGACCAAAGGGACCAGAUGGCCAGACCGGUCUUCAAGGAGAUGCUGGUGCCGAUGGCGCCCCAGGUGCACCAGGAGCCACUGGCGCACCAGGUAUGCCAGGUAAAGACGGACUUCCAGGUGGUUGUGAUCAUUGCCCACCCCCAAGAACCGCACCAGGAUAUUAA